UUUUUCCUGGAGUCCGGCUUUAGUACUGGAAGGAGCCGUCUCCUUGGCUGCAAGUCCUCGGCACUGAUCCAGGCACGGAUUCCAGAUUGGAUUCUUUUUCUAAGCAAGCUGGGAAGGUAGGAGACGAGAGAGUGGCUACAAUGACUUCAACAGUCUUGGUGGACAUCCGAGAUGAAGUAACCUGCCCUAUCUGCUUGGAGCUCCUGACAGAACCCCUGAGCAUUGAUUGUGGCCAUAGCUUCUGCCAGGUCUGCAUCAUAGGAAACAGUAAUAAUUCAGUGUUCGGCCAAGGAGGGAGGAGCAGCUGUCCUGUGUGCCGGACCUCCUAUCAGCCUGGGAACCUCCGUCCUAAUCGGCACCUGGCCGCCAUAGUGAAGAGGCUCAGAGAGGUUGCGUUGUGCCCUGGAAAACAACUCGAGGUCAUUUUUUGUGCGCUUCAUGGAGAGAAACUCCAGCUCUUUUGCAAGGAGGAUGGGAAGUUAAUUUGCUGGCUUUGUGAACGAUCUCAGGAGCACCGUGGUCAUCACACAUUCCUCAUGGAGGAGGUGGCCCAGGAGUACCAGGACAUGUUCCAGGAGUCUCUGAAGAAAUUGAGGAGGGAGCAGCAGGAAGCCGAGAAGCUAAAAGCUCUUAUCCAGGAGAAGAGGGAAUCCUGGAAGAGUCAGGUGGAGCCUGAGAAACGCCGGAUCCAGACAGAGUUUAAGCAGCUCCGAAGCAUCCUGGACAGGGAGGAGCAGCGGGAACUGAAGAAACUGGAAGUGGAAGAGAGGAAGGGGCUGAGCAUCAUAGAAAAGGCCGAGGGUGACCUGAUCCACCAGAGCCAGUCACUGAAGGACCUCAUCUCAGACCUGGAGCACCGGUGCCAGGGGUCCACCGUAGAACUGCUGCAGGAUGUGGGUGAUGUUACAAAAAGGAGUGAGUUCUGGACCCUGAGGAAGCCCCAAGCUCUCCCCACCAAGCUGAAAAGUUUGUUUCGAGCACCGGAUCUGAGGAAGAUGCUAAAAGUCUUUAGAGAGCUGACAGAUGUCCAAAGCUAUUGGGUGGACGUGACACUGAAUCCACAGACGGCUAAUUUAAAUCUUGUCCUGUCGAAAAAUCGGAGACAGGUGAGGUUUGUGGGUGCCCAGCUGUCCGAGCCAUCCAGUCUGGAAGAACAUUAUGACUGUAGUGUCCUGGGCUCUCAGCACUUCUCCUCAGGAAAAUACUACUGGGAAGUGGACGUGAGCAAGAAGACGGCAUGGAUCUUGGGUGUAUGCAGUACCCCGGUGGAUCCCAUGUUCUCUUUCAGCCAGUACUCCAGCAAGCAGGGCGCCUACUCCAGGUAUCAGCCACAGUGUGGAUACUGGGUGAUUGGCUUGCAGUGUAAGCACGAGUACAGAGCCUAUGAGGAUUCCUCCCCGUCCCUGCUCCUCUCCAUGACCGUGCCACCUCGACGCAUAGGGAUUUUCUUAGACUGUGAGGCUGGCACGGUCUCCUUUUAUAAUGUCACAAACCACGGCUUGCCCAUCUACACCUUCUCGAAGUAUUACUUUCCUUCUGCCCUUUGUCCCUAUUUUAAUCCCUGCAGCUGUAUAGUCCCGAUGACCCUGCGGCGGCCAACUUCCUGAGGUCUGUUACCCCUGCCCACAACUAAGCAGAUUCCUUCAAACACAUGAAUCUCCAUUCUCUGUUCUCCUAGUAGGAUACCUUCCAUUGCUAAGAGUGCGCACCCUUAAGCCAUCUCAUGGAAAAGCAUUUAGUGUUUUGGGGUUUUUGUAUUUUUGCUUUUGGGUUGUUUAUUUUUGUUUUUUGUUUUUUAUUUUUAGAGAUAGGGUUUCUGGAACUCUGUAGGUCAAACUGGCCUUAAACUUGGAGAGAUCCGCUUGCCUCUCCUGAGUGCUGGGACACCAGUCUAGUUGUGUUUUGGUUUUGGGUUUUUUGUUUGUUUGUUUGUUUUUUGUUUGUUUGUAUUUUUGAAACAGGCUGGCCUUGAACUCUGUGAUUGAGAAACUAACUGAGAACUGAUCCAGAGUCCCGAUUACAAGUGGACAUCACCAUACCUGGCUGUGAAUUUGUUUUAGUGUUGUUUGAGAUAGGGUCUCCAUAAAUAGCCCAAACUGGCCACAGACUCAGUCCAUUUGCCUCACUCCCAAAUACUGAUUAUAGAUCUACCUCACAGUGCCUGACUGAGCUCCCAAAUACUGAUUAUAGCUCUACCUCACAGCACCUGACUGAGCUCCCAAAUACUGAUUAUAGAUCUACCUCACAGUGCCUGACUGAGCUCCCAAAUACUGAUUAUAGAUCUACCUCACAGCGCCUGACUGAGCUCUCAAAUACUGAUUAUAGCUCUACCUCACAGCGCCUGACUGAGCACAUUUGACGACUUUUUUCUUUACUAAUGUCUGUGGUCAAAUGUAAAGAACCUCUGAAUUAGAUAGGAAUUUUUUAAUAAAUAUUGAAUUCAGUAAUUUUUUUUCUCUAGUUACUGAGAUACUUGUGUAUCCUUUCUAUUCUGCUCCUGGGUCAGCCUCACUGAGUUGUCUCAGUUGUUACGUUUACCACUGAUUCCUGAAGCAAAACUGUCAUGUGUUACAUUCAGCACUUUAUGUUUGCUGACUCUAGGUUUGGUUUUUGUCUCUUUAUAAACAAACUACCUCUAAGUUUGCAUUCUUUGUUAUCUGUCAAGGCAUAUCAGAAAGAAAUUAUGGGGAAGGGCUUAUGUAUGUGUAUUUAGGAUCACAAUAAAUCCUAAGUAUGUAUAUUUAGGAUUACAGUAAAAAUAAUAAAAUCUUUGGAUGGUUUCAAGAAGAGAUUGUAGCUUUGGUUUUAACAAUAAAUGCUACCACAACCUUCAGCCUUCAGCAUAAAAUUUUAAGAGUGGUAAUAAAAACUAGAAAAUGCUCUUGAAAGGGAGAUAAAGUAAGAUAAGGAGAAGACUUCAAUCAACCAGUAUCAGUUAUUAUUUAGGAGGAGGAAGAAAUUCAGUUACCCAUUCUCACAGUGAGUUAUUCUGGUCCCCCCAGCCCCUCUUAUUUCUUCUGUAGAGCUAGGUACUGAACUCGGCUUUUUACUUCAAGCAGAGACAUUUUAGCACCAAGCUUAACCCCAUUUUUGUGUUUUGUAUUGUUAUUAUUGGGGUUUGUUUGUUUGUUUGUUUUGUUUUGCUGACACAGGGUUUUAACACAUUUCCCAGGCUGGCCUUGAGCUUGCUAUCAAGUGCAGGCUGACUUUAAGCUUUGCCUCAGCAUCCUGAGUAACUAGGUGUUUAGGGUAAUACUGACUUUUCAUCUUAGCCUGGACCUUCUCUUUGUGCUCAUAUUCAAAUUGCAAAUGAGUGAACCGCUUUGGCUUUGCUGGAAAGGUGCAACAAACUUUCAUAUUCAACUGUGAAAAAAGUUAUAGCUGUGAAGAUGGAAAUGAGUGUCGGGGGAGGUGCAGCUGGACUUCUGACACUGCAGACAAGGGCUACUCGUGGCUUUUGGUACUCUCCAAUGUACUGUAACAGUGAAAUACUGAAUUUCCAUAAAAGCAAUGUAAAAUAAUCUAUUAUCUUACAAUGAUGGUAUUUUGGAUAUAUUUUAAAUAAAAUGUUUUAUUUCAGGAUGGAGUCUUCUUACUCUGUAGCCCAGGCUCGCCAUCAAAUUGUAGUGGUAGCUUCCUGCCUUAGCCUUUCAACUGCUGGGGUUAAGGCAUAAGCCACCACAGGCAGUUUUCCCUGUAUGUUUUAAAUGUGGGUACUAGGAAAUUUUCAGUUAUACAUUAACUGGCUUCUGUUACACUUCUACUGUCAAGAUGAACUUUCUAUUCUUGGGGGAACCCUAGAAUAAUAAAGACUUGGCCAGAGAACC